AUGGCAUUGAAUAUAUCAUCAGUAUUUAGCAACUUGUUUUCAGGAUUUUCGAGUGAUUUCAAGAAGAAGAACUUCUCUUUAUACGGUCAAUGGAUCGGGUUACUUAACAUAUUUUUAUGUAUAGCAUUGGGAAUUGCUAAUAUUUUCCAUGCUUCGGUGGUGAUCGUAUUUUCAAUUAUAUGUAUUGUGCAAGGGUUAGUGGUUGUGUUUGUUGAAAUUCCAUUCUUGUUGAAGAUUUGCCCCUUAACAGACAGAUUUACCAACUUUAUUAGGAACUUCGAUGAGAAUUGGCCAAGAUGUGGAUUCUACUUGUUAAUGGCAGCAAUUCAAUGGCUUUCAUUGACGGUUCAAGCCACAAGCUUAAUUGUGGUUGCUGUGUUCUUCACAUUGGCCAGUAUCUGUUAUGCAUUGGCAGCAUUUAUGCACCAAGAGUACUUGAAGACCUCGUUCAAUGUUGCCGGUGAUCCGGACUCGCUUGAAGGUCAAGUUGGAGACCACAUCGUCAGAAAUGUAUUGUAG